AUGAACAAUUCUUCUGCCGAUGUGCUGGAAUUCUGCCUAGCCAAAGCAGGACAAGUCAACGAAGACUCCAGGACAUUCCUGGCGGUGCUCAUACUUUUGUUUUCGUUGAUUGGUAUUUUUACGAAUUCAGCUCUACUUACUGUAUUCAUCAUCCAUUGGAAGUCUUCUUUCGGGUCACAGCAUUUCACACAUUUUGUCAUCAAUAUGAUCAUAUCUGGCCUUCUGUAUUCAGCCACCAAUUUAUGGGUAUCUGUUCCGUGUACUUUUAAUGAGUGCCAUUUUAUGAGAUCCGAUCAACUCAUGAUUAUUCUAUCCACUCCAAACACCUUAGCACAUUGGGGGUAUCUAUUGUCAGCGGCGGCGUUGACUAUCUACCGAUUUGGAAUUUUUGUGUCCAAAUGCUUCGCCUACAAAACCACUUGGAUCAGGAUUCUGCUGAUCAGCCCAUGGGUAUUAACAGCAAUUAUUACAUUUGGCACAACAGCAAUGGGAUGUUAUAAACGAUACAAUCGACAUUCUUUGGGUUAUACUUACAACUGUUCCGAAUGUAACAUUGCAUUUGGGAUUUCCUUCAUCGAUGUCAAUUUCUAUGGUGGUCAGGCGAUUCCUAUUCUGAUGAUAUGCGCCUAUAUCAUCAUACUCGUAUGUAUCUAUCGAGGUCGUAAGCGUGGUGUCGCCACUCAGCGCGAAUCGCGAGUGGAUGCAAAACUGGCACUCCAAUUCACUGUCAUAUGCUGCUCUCAGUACUUGACAGCGUUUCUAUUCUUUAUAGUACCAAAAGCGAGUAAAGGUGCUGUAUGGGGAGUGCUUACCAUGAAUACCAUAGGUUUGAACCUUUUUUUCAGGGAUUACUGUGGCGGUUUUGCCUAUCCAAUUUCUUUCAGGAGUCAUCAAUGUCUCAGUGAAUCCAAUGGUCUUACUCCUCUUCAAUAA